GGGUCUCCUUUCCUCUUGUUCCCCCCGGUGCAUUGUGGGAGAGGAAGUGCCUGGGAAACCACGUGGUUGCAACUUGGUGGGGAGGAGAAGAAGGAGCGGAGGCGCGAGCAUGGCGGCGGCCGGCAAACGAAAACUUGUUCAGCUGAGCGUUGAUGAAUUCCUGGCGUCCGGGUUUGACUCCGACAUGGACAAUGAGGACUCGGAAGCAGAUGCUUCGGAUUCCAAGCAAAAUGGGUCGGCUGGAAAACAGUGUCAAAAUGGAAAGGGUCGUGCCAAGAAAACAGCGACGCUCAAAUCAAAACCGGUGGAAAGGCAGGUGAAAAGGGGGAAGGCGGCCCAGCAUAAAGACCAGCUCUCCCGGCUGAAGGAUCGAGAUCCCGAGUUUUAUAAGUUCUUGGAAGAAAAUGACCAAACGCUUCUUAAUUUUGAUGACUCAGACACCUCUGACGAGGAAGAUGCCCGACAUGUGUUGCCUGACAAACUGGAGGAAGCAAGUGAUGACGACGACGAUAGCGAUGAUGGGAAGGAGAAAAGUGCAAAACGGGAAAAAAUUGACUUCAUCACUGUGACUUUGAAGAUGGUGGAACAUUGGAAAGCAGCUGCAGAGAAGCAAAUCUCACCCAGGCUCUUCCAUGAGAUCACCCAGGCUUUCAAAGCGUGUGUCGUGACAGCCAAGGGAGAUGCGGAAGGCAUGGAACCUGGGAAGUUCAAAGUCACUGACAGCACAGUGUUCAACACCCUUGUGUCCUUCUGUGUCCGUGACCUCUUUGGUCUGCUGCAGAAAUUCCUGCAGGUAAAAGCGGCAAAAAACAAGUCCAAAAUGGUUUUGCCGUCCUCCAGCCCGCUCUGGGGCAAGCUGCGCCUGGAUAUCAAAACAUACCUUGGCUGUACUAUCCAGCUCCUGUCUUGUUUAACGGAAGCCUCCGUGGGAGCGGCUGUCCUGCAACAUGUCAACUCCAUUGUGCCUUACUACUUGAACUUUCCAAAGCAGUGCCGGAUGCUGGUCAAGCAAGCAAUUCGCCUCUGGAGCACAGGAGAGGAGACGGUGAGGGUUCUGGCCUUUCUGGUGCUCAACAAGAUCUGCCGGCACAGAAAAGAGGCCUACUUGAACCCGGUCCUGAAGCAAAUGUAUAUUUCCUACGUGAAGAACUCCAGAUUCACCUCCCCCAACGUGCUUCCCAUGAUCAACUUCAUGCAGCGUACUUUGACCGAGAUGUAUGCGCUUGAUGUCUCCGUCUCCUACCAGCAUGCCUUCAUCUACAUCCGGCAGCUGGCUAUCCAUCUCCGAGGCGCUAUGACGGUGAAGAAGAAGGAGAAUUACCAGUCAGUUUAUAACUGGCAGUACAUCCAUUGUCUCUAUUUCUGGUGUCGGAUGCUGAGCACCCUCUAUCCGAAUGAUGUCCUGGCCCCCUUGAUUUACCCUUUGACCCAGGUCAUCAUUGGCUGCCUUAAGCUGGUACCCACGGCUCGUUUCUACCCUCUGCGCAUGCACUGCAUCCGGGCCCUCACCCUCCUGUCGGAGAGCACCCAGACCUUUAUUCCCGUCCUGCCCUUCAUUUUGGAGGUUUUCCAGCAGGUGGAUUUCAACAAGAAACCUGGACGCAUGAGCUCCAAACCUAUUAAUUUUGCUGUUAUCUUGAAGCUCUCCAAUGCGAAUUUGCAGGAGAAAGCGUUCCGGGAUGGGCUUCUGGAACAGCUCUACGACCUGACCUUAGAGUAUCUCCACAGCCAGGCCUACGUAAUUGGUUUCCCGGAGCUGGCGCUCCCCGCCAUCCUGCAGUUGAAGUCCUUCCUGAAAGACUGCAAAGUCGCUAAUUACUGCAAGACGAUCCGUCAGCUUUUGGAGAAGUUGCAGGAAAACUCCACCUACAUCACCAACCGGCGCCAAAAAGCCACCUUUGGCGUUGCCAACCGAGAGGCUGUGGAACAAUGGGAAAAAAGGCUCAAGGAAGAAGGCACCCCUCUGAUGACGUAUUAUGCGCACUGGAAGAAGCUGAGGGAGAAGGAGAUUCAGCUGGAGAUCAGCGGCAAAGAGCGGCUGGAAGAACUGAACUUCCCUGAAAUCAAACGCAAGAAGCCAGGUGAGCAGAAGGAAGAGGACAAGAGGGAGUUCAAGGAACUUUUUGAGAUGGACAGCGAGUCUGAGGAGGAAGGCGGUGGCAGCUUGUCUGUCAAAGAGAAGUCAAAGGCCAAGAAGGACCCAGAUGGUGCUUCAGUCGACAGUAGUGAAGAAGAGGAUGAUGACGACGACGACGAUGAUGAUGGAGAGUAUGAAGUAGAGGAGGAAGAGGAAGAGGAGGAAGAAAACUCUAGUGAUUCUGAUGGGGGUGCCGUGCGGGCCAAGCCGAAGGGUGUCGGGAAGCAGGUGUCUCGGGCGGAGCUGCAGCAGCUGGCCCAGGGGCCAGACGACGUGGUGGAGGACCUGGAUUUCUCCAAUGAGGAGAAUGAGUGACAGCCACGCUCCGGCGGAGGGUCCCCUUCUCCUCGGCAGAACCGCGCAGUGGCUUAAGGGGCAGAGGAGGAGGAGGAGGAGGUAGGGCCUGCGCCAGGGGGCCAGCUCAGCUGCUCCCGUUCAGACACACCCUCCGGGGGAGCUUUGUUUGAGGCAGG